AUGGCGGCUUUAGAAGAACACGAACAAUUUAUAAGAAGCUUCUUAUCUCAAAAAGAAAAAACAUUAGAAGAUUUGUCGGAUGCCCUUAUAGCAGCGUAUCCGGAACAAAGAGGUUUUUCUGUUCGAAGUAUAAAACGCUUUUGCAAGGAAAAUGGAAUUAGAAAGAGAGGCAUUAUUUCUGACGAACAUCUUGAUGAUGCUGUAAAAAAUGCUGUUUCCGAGGUUGGUCCAGUUUAUGGGCGGAAGAUGAUGAAGGGUUAUUUGGAUAGCAAAUGUGGAUUUUCACUUGCCUCUGAGCAACGUGUUCGAAAUUCCUUGGCCAGGGUUUCACCAUUAUACCAGCAACAGCGUAACGCACGAACCGAAAGACUUACAAAUCCACAUCCAUACAUCGCAGAAUAUUUUGGCCACAAGUUGCACUUAGACCAGAAUGAAAAAAUAGCUAUGUUUGGUGUCACACAUGUUUGUGCAAUUGAUGGAUAUUCCAGGUUUAUUACUGCAUUUUCAUGUAUGCCAGUAAAAAACAAUGUCGUGAUUUAUGACAUGUUCAGGAAUAUCAUACUAAAUGAAGGAUUAUUUGAUCAGAUCAGAGUUGAUCAUGGGAUGGAGUUUGUCCUCUUACUGUAUGUCCAAGAAAUGUUGGCUGAGUUCAGAACAAAUCAAGGUAGAGAUCCCCAUCGUCAAACAGAAUCAAAAAAGAAUCUUGUGAUUGAAAGAUUCUGGGUGGAAGUAAAUGCAAGAGUUAAUUACCCGAUUAAAUCAGCUUUGCGUCAAAUGGAGGAAAGAAAUUUAAUUGACAUGGAACUUGAGAAUGUCAAACAUUCUGUUUCAUCAGUCAGUUUGAAAGUAGCUUUUGUGGGAAUGGAGAAAGCAGUUCGGUCAUGGAAUCAUCAUGCUAUACCAGGAGUUGGAAGGCCAAUUGAUCUCAGAAACAACAACAAUAGAGUGGCAAAAGUGCCGUUGAACAUGAUUCCAACAUGCGAGGAGGCGGUUGCAAGGUAUGAAAACGAUGGUGGAAAGAUAACACGUUUUCCUGCAUUUGGCCAAGAUCCAUUAUUCACAAAUCCACAUUUACAAAAUGAAAGAGAGGAACAAUUUAAUCAUAUUAACUGGGAACUGAUAGAAUAA